AUGCAGAAAAUCAAAAAAAUUCAUGAAAAAAUGGAAAAAAAACCCGUAAUGGGUAAGAAUAAGAAAAGGGGCGGAAAUUUCAGUGAUUCAAAAUUUCAGAAUUUCCGGAUUUCCGAAUUUCAGAAUCUUAAAAUUUCAGAAGCUGAGAAUCUGGAAAUCUGA